AUGUUCUUGCAUAAAUACCAUCGUUAUUUUACCAAACACAGAUGAUAACGUGUUUCCUUGUCCCAGACAUUUUUGUAAUAGUAUAUUAGGAUUGUUUUGUUCCCCGUGCAUUGAAAAGGGGUGGUGCAGUCCAAUAGUAUUGAAGGCAAAGCUGAAAAACGGUUUGUUUUCACCGAGAGGAAGAAGCGCUGCUGGUAAUCUCCGCCGCAGCGCCGAUUUUAAAACGCGGUCGUAAGGUUUAUUUUAUUCCUGCUUGGUUUUCUGACAGUUUUCUUCGCUCGCCAUGGCUCUGUGCGGGGGUGUCGGAGCCAUGGCUUUGCCCAGCGAGCUUAUCGUGCACAUAUUCUCCUUUCUGUCCGACCGAGACAAGCUCCGGGCCUCGGCCGUGUGUUCGCGAUGGAGGGAGUGUCUCUUCUACCCCGCGCUGUGGACCGAGCUCAAACUGCGAAUAGGUGGUGGUUGUAACGGCGGCGGCUCCAGCUCCGAGGAGACGCCGAGACUGGAGUUCCUCAUGCGGAAGUUCGGCUCUUUCGUCCGUGAGCUGCAGCUGGAACUCGCACCGGUGGAAGGCUACCUUAGUCCCCUGAACAACGACCCGUCGUCCACCAGGAUGGACCAGCCUCCCGGUCCCGAUAACGACCCGCAGCUCUCCGAGCGAUGGAGAGACGCCAUGGCUACCUACUUGGACCAGGUGUUGUGUGUGUUCACCAGCAUCCGCAAUAACAGAAACCUGCAGAAGCUGAGUCUGUAUGGAGACACUUGUGUUCUCCAGCAAGAAGGACUAUUGGACAGCUCCAACCUGCAUCAAAUUCACCAGGGGGACAAAAAGGUCAACGAAAUCCAGCAGUUGUUCAUGGAGAUGUUGUCUAACAGCAGGCAGCUGAGGUGGUUGUCUUGUAGCUUCAUGCUGGGUCUGGUGACUCCCUGCUCUUUAGCCUGCCUGUCAAAUCCUUCAGCGGAGACCCUGCAGCACCUCAGUUUACUGGACCACCAGCUGGGUCCCCUUAUCUCACCAUCAGAGUUGGAUCGUCUAUCUAAUCUUCAUUCUCUGGCUCUGGAUUUCUCUGAUUUGACAUCUGAGCUUUGUGGACUGCUGGCAUCUCCACGCCGAACUCCACUGCAUCGCCUCUCGCUGCUGCUCAAUGGCGCUGCCCUGGAGUUCAAACCAUUAGAAGGGACGGCCACAGAGGACGAUUGGAAGGCACUGAUUCGUGUGAGUGCCAAUCUGCGAGUGUACAUCAUGGCCCUGGAAGUCGACAGCUCAGAGCUCCUCAGGGUCCUAAAGCCUAGCCUUCCUCUGGAGCGCCUCCACCUCGACAGUUACAGCACACUGGUGACAGACGCCACAUUGGAGCUCAUCUCUCAGCAGUAUAACAAAACGCUGACUCACUUUCUUCUCCUGAGGGACGAUCCCGAUUUCCCAGACCUCAGCGUGAAUCGGAACGAAGACCCAUUGGUCCUUUUGGUAUGGAGAUGUACUCAGCUGGCUGUACUCGUGAUACAUGGUUACACUGUAUGGUCCCAUAACUUGGUGGCCAUCUCUCGGCUGCGAGGCUCUAGUCUUCGCAUCCUGACCGUCUCUGAGGAGAGCAUCGACUUUGAUCCAGACCAGUCUGUGUGCAUGGAGGGCGACCCGGUACAUAACCUGGUAAAGGAGGUUUCACUGGGCCUCGGCCGUGUCUGGCACCCUUGCCUGGAUUCCAGCCUGGUUUUGUCCGAACCCACCCAGCACUUCCACCGCGAAAUGCACGCCUUCAGUAUGGGCAUGUAGGCAGGGAUGGCAAAUCUAACACAUCACAUCCUAAACUGUGUCAAGACCAGGCCAGACCAACAAAGUCCACAUUAGCUCAGACCUCUGAACCAGGCCCAAAGCAGACCAUAGUGAGAAAUCUAAACUGGAUCUUAAUACAAUCUGAAAAUUACAUUUAUGUGAGCUGAUUGUUUUUAUUUUACUUUUAUUUUUUGUGUUUGUUUCACAGGGGUUUUAGCACGCAAUCAAGUCCAAAUCAUUUUCCAAAUGAUUCCCUGUUUUCUUGCUUUGCCUCUCGAUUAACCAGUGACUUGGAAAAACAAAUGAAAUCUUUGAUGUUUUAAAUACAUUUCAAAUUAAAAAUCUCAAUUAAAACAGCAAUAUUCUAAUUAAAAUUUCAUUUUCGUUCAGUUUGAAGUCAAACAUAUCUGUGAUGUUUGACCACAGACGAGACUUGAGUCAUGACCAUUUUUAAUUUGUCUGCUAAAAUGGAGCCAUUCUGGUGCCCCCGUGUCUGGCAUUGCCCACUCUGGUCUGGUCUUGAUCAACAAGUAUUCAGAGCUCAGUGUCUCUCCUUCACCAUAAUAACCUCCAGAGCCUGUGUAUGAUGUAACUUUGAUUUGUUUUUUUUCUUUUUCAUUUGACUGGUUUUCAUCUCUCCCUGCUCGGUGUAUAAUCUUGUUUUUCCUGUGUGGUGGUCCCCUUGCCUGUAUAGGCUUUGUGUGUAUUUAAAUACAGAUAUAUUAUUAUCCUGCUCACAGCUAGAACAGAACAGGACAGGCAGGCGGGUUGAGUGAUGGGCCAGUGGGAUUGGGGGGGGGGAGUGUGUUCCUACACAAACUACUAGCUUUAGUUGUGAAGUUUUUGUCUUUGUUUUUUUUAAACCUUUGCUCUGUGUUGGUCUGUCUGUCUGCUCCACUCACAGAAGUUGGAGUUUGUAACUACCCGAUCAAUCACUUCCUGGGUAACACAACCAUAGCUGCUUCUGUUGCUCUGAAGGAGCACCUUGUGCACUUGUCCACUAGUUCGAGAGCCUUGCCAGCAGGGUGGGAAUCUUUACUGUAAUGUAGCUGGCUGUGGCUGCUGCUAAUCAGUUUUAAUAUUGUUUUCAGCAACAGCCAUGUCAGUGCUAUGACUCAGAUUUACGAUCACUGUAAAGUGAGUGGCAUUUCAAAGCCAAAUGGUUUUACUAAGGAUUUUGAGCACCUUACUGAUGGCGUUAUGGAGAAUAUUGUUACAUGCUUGCAGCCAGCUCACUUCCCACCCUGCUCACUUGUCGACUUUUUGGGAAACCUCACUAGUCGAUUAAAUAGGGAGCCUUGUCUUCCUACUGACAUUCAGAGCCAAACUAUAAAAUUCAGCCCGUCACAAUACAACACACCCAUACUCUGUUCUGUUUUGAUCUUUAGUGAGCUGGUUGUAAAUCUUCGCAUCUGUUUUAUUUUACUUUUAUUUUUUUUCCUAUAUUCAGGAUGAAUAUAGCUGCCUUUGCUCUCCUAUAGAGGUCAAGACGUCCUGACUAGAAUCACUGGUUCCAGAGCCCUUUUGUAUUAAUAUGUCAAGUCAUCGAGUCAAAGAAAAGAACAGGAGUGUGCAUCAUAAUAUGAAGGGCUCUGAGAUUAAAAUAAUUCAGCAUUAUUCUUAAGAGAAAAUAGGUGUUCAUUCCAUAAUGUCUUAUGUAUGUCUGUUUUGAGAAAUCUCUUGACUGCUACCAUAUUUGUGGUGAAGCCAUGCUGAAACAAAACCAGUAUUCUGUAGGCACAGCUUUCUCAGGUGGCAAAUUAACAAACCCAAGUUUUGCAGUCAUGCCAGGAAAUUGGUAGGUGGAAUUUUUGUAGAGUAAAACAUUUCACCAUAAAGAACAGACAAAAGAAAAGGAUGCACUGAAUGUAACUUAACUCUCAUUCCUCCAUUCUGUUGGCCAGUCAGGUUUUUGUUUUAUAUCGAUGGCUUACUGUAUAGCUAUAUUUGCCACAGAAAUUUGGCAGGUGCCACAUCAGUCACAGCUGCUGAAUAAAUGCGUUUGGACACGAAAGGUUCCACUGACAGCCAAGACUGGUUGUUGUUGUUUUGUUUGUUUUGUUUUUUUGAGUAGUGGCACCUACAGCACAACAAAGUUUUUGAGUCAUGCGGGGUAAUACUGUGGCAAAAAUGUUGUCAGUCUCAGGUAGGCUUAACAUCAAUAUGACCACAACAGUGUUGUUUGUGAUGAUGUCGUGCAAGGUGUGUGAAACAAUCAGUAUGAGAUAUUGUUGUUUUUUGUUUUAUUUCCUCGAGUCACAGUUGCCUUGGAAAUGGCCCCUUGUUUUCUGGAUACAGUUGUUGUUGUUAAUGAUGUUUAUCUUGCCAUCUGAUAAACCCUCGCUCCACCUUGGUUGCGGGGUCAGCAAACCUAAUCAUACAUUUGUUUUCAAAGAUUAAGGUUGGUAAAGACUAAAGAAUGGCAAAACCAGUGUGCUCGUUGCACAUGUUUAAUAUCUCCAGUGGAAGUUGCGAGGGACAGAAGUGGCUGGGAGUGGAAGAAAAUCCAUGCUGUCGGUAGAGGACCUGCUGGGCCCAAUUAAUGUCUGAACUGAAUGUAGUCAAUUUUCUUGGCUUAAAUGACUUCUGUCUGGCACAGUGGAUCUUGUCUGGCUGUGCAACUGGCUUGGGUGGGUGAAGGCAUGACUUUGAAUCAUAGUCGCUUUUAUUCUCUAUAAUUACUGAGUAAUGCCUUUGCAAUGAAACAAAUGUUGUUCAGGCUCUGUGAAAGUACAAGCGUGCCAUGUGCAGGGCUGAUGCCAGGCAUUGUCAACCAAAUAUCUUCAUCACGAGAGGUCGAUAACUGGGCCAAGUACGGUUACAUCUGAUGCUUUAGUGUUGUGUCUGCUGAGGGGGACAGCUGUAGUACACAGGUGUCUUAAUGAGGCGUUUCCUGAGCGGUCGGGAGUUUUACCAUGAAAAUCGAAGUCCGUUUAGGCUGUAGAGCACCUAACAUUCAUAAGUGAAUGCUGUCAACUAGCCAUUGUUUGGAAAGUUAGCCUUCCAAAUGGCUUCAGCUCAGUUGUUGUUGUGCACACCAUGGCACUCUUGAGGACGGGGCAAUGGCAUUGCAUACUGUGGAGGUCCAUAUCAAGGUAUGUAGUUUACAAGAUUGCCCUGAGAUUUUUUUCCACGGACGGAUAUGGAACCAGAGUUGUACAAUAUGCCAGCACUUUGCUUGGUUCAGAAUGAAUUGAUCCUAGAGGUGGGCCUGUGGUUACCAAAUGUUUGCUCAUCUGUUAAGGGACCUUGAUGGUUUAGCCAUAAUAUUCACUCUAGUCCUUGGUCUAUAUAUAUCUCAGGAUAAAUGCACUUUGGUACCAAGAGUUUCUUUUAAAGGCUGUCUGGGGCUGUAUAUAGAGCUGUACACUCAAACACUCAGAGGGGAGAGCAGGACCAACAUUAUACAUUCGGACCAAAAUAUGUAAGGUUUUUAUCUUAUCUUCCUCCUCCCUUCCUCCUAAUUUUUCCUCUCAUCUCCUUUUUUUUAGAGCUCAACUUUGCUCCUUUUUUGUGAGAUUCCAUGUGUUAUGGGUUUGUAUUGUGUAUAGACAUCCUCUGAUAAGGACGGGAAAAUCUCAGCAAUCUACUAGAAUGUAAUAUCAAACUAGAUAGCAAUCUGAGCUAAUAGAUUUGUUUUUUUGUUUGUUUUUUUUUUUUUUACAAACACAAACUGAUUUUAAAAAGCAGAUUUUACAAACCACCCUCACCCACCAUGUGUGCUUCCGUUUCCUGUCUUCUCAAGUCCCCACAUGUUAUUGGCGCCACACUAGAAUUGAGAUCUCACUGUUUGGCCACUUUCAACUUAGCCCCUGUGUUUCUGCUCAGAAUACACUAUGGUCAGUUAGAACAGAAUAAAAUUUCCAUUUAACUAUAAUUUUCCCAUUUGGGAAAUGUAUAAAAAGUGCUGUUCUUAUCAUAAAUUUCACACUCAUGGACACGGACAAAUUCUUCAUCAAAUUUUUUUUUUUUUUUCCAAAUAUUUGUGAUCUAGAAAUAUUUAGGAACAUUAAGACCAUAAAACUGCAGAGAGAAAUAGGAAAGAUGAUGUAGACAAUUUGCAUGAGCAGAAAUGCAUUGCAAAUCAAUAUCCUCUUUCUUAUUGGUUCUGUAUUGUUUUUUUGUUUUUUUUGUUGUUGUUGUUGUUCCUUCACCAAAACACAUCAAUGUUUUUGGAGUGAAGAUGGUGUGGAAAGAGCUCUGUGUUGUCCUUGCAAGGAGAGAAGAGGUGAGACAAACGGCCAGUAAGGCAAUGCUGAUAGGCAAAUUACUUUCCGAUAGAGUUUGACAAAAUAGACAAAUGUGGUCACAGUAUGGCAUAGCAUUUAGAAAACUACUAUUGGCGGGGUAAUGACUUGUCCCUGAUUCCUGUGUAUCAUCGUCCAGUGUUGAGCCAUCUUGUGCCUGAAAGCUUCUGGAGUCUUACUGCUGUUCAAACCUCUGCUCUCCUUAAAUUAUUAGCUUUGUGUUGUUUUGUAGUAGUUGCUGUAAUUGUAAUUUCAGUGGUUAGGGAAGCAGCGUUGGAAACUACAGUAGCUAGGGUUUCAGAAAGUGUUUCUGCACACGGGUUUUAAUUUCUCUUGGAGCGCGCCUGUGUUUUUCAUGUAAGCUUUCAAAGGUGUAUCCAAUAGAAAUGUGAGAAAAAGAUGGUAUGAAUGUGUGUGAACAAGUUGUCAGCGUUGCGGCCGUCAUGUUUUCUGUGUGUGUGUAUAUUUAAGGGGGGGGUGGGGGGCUUGCUCUUGUUGGACAGUGUAGUCUUAUCACUCCUACUGCAGCAGGAAACAGGUGCAGUAAUCAUUCGUUCUCAGGGUACAAUCAGAGGGAAAGUUACAAUAGCUCAGGCCUCUAACUCACUCAUGAGUAUUAGAAAUCACUGGAUCUGUUCUCCUCCCUUGAUGUGUUUAAAGCUGCCAAAGACCACAGUGGAACAAACUAAACCAAGACACAUGUCUAUCUGAAGUGCCCAUGUACACACACACACUGGCAGGAAGCUGAUCCAGUGUUCUGUACUACUCUACACCUCCUAGUACUUUCUAUCCUGACAUGUCUUUUCUUUUUUCCCCCCUUACUCUUAGUGGUUCCACUCCACUGUUGGUUUCUUCCACUGAACUCUGACUACUACCACUCUGUUUUUAUGUGUCCAAACUCUGCCUUUGUCAUACUAUGGACCAUACUGUGCUGGACCGUUGUGUGGUUUGCAUGAAAAGAGACCAAAGCUGAUCUGUAAGUAAGUUUGGCCAAUGUUGUGAUAGUGGCUGCAACCUAUGUUCAGAGAUGUAGGAUUUCACACUAGCUGUAUGGUAUGUGUGUUAUUUGAACUUGUACAAUGUGGCCAAAUUCCUACCUGUGAACGACACUCAGGGUCCACACUGCUGAGGUAUCGUACAGCAAAGCAAGGACUUUCUAGUCCAGUGCAGUAUACUUCUGUAGUGCGACAGAGGCUUAAGCAGAGAGGUCUGGAGUUGGACCAUGACAACAGUAUUUGCUCACCACUGUACCCCCCCUCCUUCUUUUUUUUCCAUCACCUGUUUCACUGUGAGGAGUGAGUGAAUGUAAAAAUAAAGGCGAAGAGGACAAGGAGUUUUGUUCAAUAUCCGAACAUGUCUGGGACUAAACACUCCCUCAGAUGCUUCCAGAAGCUACUUUGUGACACACUGUAGCUUCCCAGCUUGGGCAAAGGCUCGUGUUCCUGAUCUGAUAUGAUGUAUGGGAAGCCCGUGGCCACGGUCAAAUUUGAUGGGAAGUGUUUAGUCCCGGGCUUUUGGAGCUGUAAAGUGAUUUGCUGCUAGACAUCUGCAAGGAACAGGACAUUCCACAUGGGGGUCGCUCAGGCCAUCUGACUGGCAAACAGUUUACUACAUGGCUGAAGGGUCUACAUCAAAAUUAGACUAUAUAUUUUUUAACUUUGAAUUAGUUGGUCUGUUUGUUCCAAGGGAUCUGGGACGCAGCUAGUGUUGACGGGUCACAUCAGAUUACCAGCUGGUCUGAGCAGUGUUGAGGUGUGAUGCCAUUUAGAAGUGGUUGUUUAAAGUGAGUUGAUCUUUUAAAGGCUGACUGUGUUUCUAAUGUGCGUUUCUGCAAUGCCAAUCUUUGCUUUCACAUGAUACUUCAGAGGCAAUUCUGGUGUCCGGCACACAAAGGAUCACACAUGAAAGCAACUUGCACUGACUGUGCUAAGUAUAAGGAUUAGCUACUCUGUUAUCGGCCAGGUUAAAGAACAUCACAAUACAGUGAGUAAGUGGAAGCUAGUCUACAUAUUUAGUACCGGCAUGAAUACACACAUCACUAUGGAUACACAGGGGCACCUGAAGUUUGGGCUCAACUUUUUUAUACACCACAUGCAGAGGUUUGUGUAUGACUAUACUAUACUGUGUAUACACAGAGUGAUUGACACACAGCUAGCAGAGCCUUAUUUUUUUAAUGAGUUCAGCCAUUAAAAUGACAAGUUUGAAGGCUCUAGUGGGGAGAUGGGGUGUCAGUUAAUCGGGAGACCAUUACCCGCAGUUACUGUACAUUGAUGUGGUUGCGGCCAGUUCAAUUUGCCCUUUUGACCUGUUUUUUAUUUUUAUUUUUGUGCUCUUUAUAUGCAUUCAUAGAGAAACCAUGAAAGAUAACGGGGCCCAUGUGGCCUGAUGGGCCAUUGAAUCCACAGAGCUGGCCUCUAAUGUAGUCCAUCUGAGACAGUUGGCCUUGACAGCUGUUGCGAUCGCAGAACUGUAGAUAUAAAGGGAUCUGGAUAUGUCUGUCUUACCAGGCCCAUAAACAAAGAGUUUGAUUUGACACUUUUGCUUAUACUACUAUAAUAGCCAAUACUAAGAUCAUUGACAUGGACAGAAGUGUCAGCAUUUGUUAUUUUAGUACCAAAGCGGCAGACUUUGUCAGAUCCACAUCAGUCUAAAUACAAGUUCAGAGCCACAGGCAGACACACAUCAGACAUGACCAGUUUCAUUUCCACUUUGAUGAUUGCUCAGACUCCAUGCCAACUUGAGUUUGUAGUGUUCACUCUCAGGGUGUUUGUAAUGUUUUUGGAAAUAAGUAUAUACUUACACUAGCUGUAGAAAAAUGGUAAGGUUUCUGAAGGGAUUACCAUUAAGAGACAGGGUUUCCUCAUCACAAUGUGAGAUUUCAGAUGCUUCCUAUUUGUGUUUAUUUUUAAAAUCUAAAUGCUAAGACCAUAGACUACUAUCAGUACAUGUAAGACUUUGAAUGAGCUCACAUAGGGCUGGACUAAUGCAGGAAUGUGAAGAAUCCAAUUAACAUCCUAAUAUAUGCUUCUGUUACUUGGAGAAAAACACUGGAUGUGCAUUGCACUGGUAUAAAAUCAGUCCUGUGUAACAGAUAUAGAUAGAUGUGUAUAAAGCUUGAUUAAAAUCUCAGUGAAGUGGAGGUUCACACAGAGCCAGGCCAACAGCAGUUAGCAACACUGAGAGCCUUAGAGGAAGUUAGGAUUCUCCAGUUUUCAAUUUCAGCCUUAGCUGACACUAAAACAUGUUUUCCAUCCAGCUUAUGAUGAGGAUCUCAGCAUAACGGUCAUAAGGGUAGUAUCAUAUACUUGCCACACUGUAUUUAUAGUUCAGAUCAGAAGAGAAGAAACAACAAAAUGGCACUGAUAGCAUUACCUGGCCAAACUCUGUCAGUUGUUCUGGUGCAUUCCCUAGAGGUUGGUGUAGCACCUGGCUAUAUCAAGGAACUGAUAGAUAUUCAUGCUCAGUGUCAGCCAACUAUCUUCAUUUAGAUCUCAGCUUCUGUGGCUCUGAUGUUUCUGGCUGCUAAACAAAGUCUUUCUUGUCAAGUCUGGAGAGCCAAACCUCCUAAUUAGCCAGGCAGGCAGGCCUGCUGCCCAGUCCAGCUUCACAACUAUGCAAGAGGAAUGCAUAUAAUCCACACUCGUCUCUUUUUGUUUGUGUGGGUUUUAUUUGUUUUUUUUUCUUCAGUUUUUAUAUUUUCUUUUUCUCACUGUCACGCAGUAGAAAUGAAGACAUAAACUAAUAAGAUCUUGCAAUGACAAUACUUGGCCUUAUGAUGAUUUGUGAAAUCUUAUCAUUUUAGUUUUAAGAUCUUUUGAUUCUGGUCAGCCAGCCUAGCGACAGCAGCGGUGACAGCGGGCUCACUCUUGGUCUCUGUGAGACUGGCUAGACGGCCCCUAGUUUUAUCGUGGUACGAAUGUUGUGCAUUUGUUUAAAAUCAGGACAGUUUGCAAUAACAGCAGUCUUACUAGUGGCCACAAAGGGGCACAAGCAGUGCUGACAGCGCUCGGCUGCGUCUUUAGAAAACCAUUGAGGAAGAAAUAUAAACUAUAGAAUAGAUAUAUAAACUCUCACAGUGCAUAUUUGUAUAGGUAUCAACAAUGCAUUACCGUGGUAUACUCUUAUGCAACACAUGUCCGGGUUCAAUUUAUGAACAUGAAGUAUAUUAUAAAAUCACACAAGACUUUGUAAAUCAGAAGCUAUGUUGUUGUGUGUGUUUUGCAAAAAUGGUUUUACCCUCCUCAAUGUUGAAUAUUCUGAGCGUUAUGUUCCUGUGUGAUUGUGUCUGUUAAAGGGAGCACAUAGCAGUGGGUUUCACCUUCUUCCUGAAAGCAGGGAACCAGACGGAACCCAAAUCACAGCUGGACAAGAUUUCUAAUAACAUGGAGCAUACUUUAAGAACAUUUCAUUUCUUUCUUAAAAAUCUGAUCGGAGUGUAGUCUGUGUCUUCAAAUACAUCUGUUGAAGUAUUUUGCGAGCUGGUUUAUUAACAGCAUAGAUUGAGACUUGUUUUAACCAGCAGAGAAAAGUUCCUCCUCUAAAAUGUCCCCCUGUAGUCCAUAUGUGAGAGCUUUUGUAAUUGAGGACUUGGCUUAAUCUGUGUCUGGGAAACCGCUCUUAAGACUGAAAUAAUAUAAAACUUUGAUUUGAAACCUUUCCAGCUGUUUUUUUUUUUUUUUGGUUUAGUCUGCAGGGAGCGAGUCCUCCAGCUGAGAGGACAGAUUUUACCAUAGAGAAAAGUGUUGAUCAAUGGUUCUGUUGCGUAGAAAAGGGAGGCUUUGUUUUGCAACCUCCAUGUGAAACCUCUUAACUGACCGACGGCGUACACUUGAGCGGUCAACCUGCCGAAAGUGUUGGUUUGAAUUAAUGUUGAAUGAAUGCUUCUCUUCUUUUAGUCAGUGAAUAAAAGCAUUAAAAAAUC